GCAGCUUACGUUCACAUCUAUUUUCGUGUGAACUCUUCUUCCGAGUUUUCUAUUAUUUACAUUCGAAUUUUUGUUGUGCGGUGAAUUCAGUUAACGAUCUACCUGCAAAAUCAAUCAAUGAUUAAACAUUUUUUGAACACUUUUUCAAGUUUCGAUUUUUGCGAGUUUACUUUGAUGCACGCGCGUGUUUUAUAGAAUUUUCAAUUAUUUUUUUUAAUCGAGCGUCAAGUAGCGAAAAGUAAAUGCGAAUUUUCCGAGACAACGAGAGAGAAAAUUGAAAACCAUUGAAAAUAGUCGUUUGAGAAAACCAAAAUAGAGAAAGAAUACAACGAAAAACAAACAGAAACAACUUUACAAUCAUCAAGCUAGAUAGAAAAGAGAAAGAGAAGAGAAAAAAAUAUAUAUUAAAAAUUAUAAAUCAAUAGACCCACAAAUAUGACUGAAAAAUACAUUGAUUCAAUAGUCGACUUUUUUGUGAGAAACGAAGAUGUACGUACAAAACCAUGGCUACUAUCCGGAUCACCAACACCGUUGCUCAUCAUUCUUGGCAGUUAUUUAUUUUUCUGUUUGCAUGCUGGACCCAAAUACAUGAGAGACAGAAAACCAUUCGAACUUAAAAAGACACUUAUCGUUUACAAUGCUAUCCAAGUUUUAUUGAGCGUGAUCUUGGUGUUUGAGGGUCUUGAAGGUGGAUGGCGAAAACAUUACAAUUAUAGUUGUCAACCAGUGGAUUACAGCCGAAGUCCAGUCGCUAUGAGAAUGGCACGUGCUGUGUGGUUGUACUACAUGUGCAAAAUUACCGAACUCUUGGACACCGUAUUCUUUGUACUGAGAAAGAAACAAAGUCAAAUCACCGGACUGCAUAUGUAUCAUCAUACAUUGAUGCCAAUCUGCGGUUUUAUUGGUAUUAAAUACUUUGCAGGUGGACAUGGUACAUUGUUGGGCCUCAUAAAUAGUUUCAUUCACGUACUAAUGUACACUUAUUACUUGCUCGCCGCCCUCGGACCACAAAUGCAAAAAUAUUUAUGGUGGAAGAAAUACUUGACAAUCAUGCAAAUUGUUCAAUUUUUGAUUGUAUUUGUUCAUACGGUUCAAAUUCAAUUCCAACCAUCGUGCAAUUUCCCAAAAUCGAUUGGUGCAUUGCUCACAUUAAAUGCUGGCAUUUUCACCUAUAUGUUUUCAUCAUUUUAUAUUCGUUCAUACACCAAAAAGCAUCCGUCAAAGAGUCAACUUAACAAAGUCGAUGUAAAUGGUUACAGCUAUAGCAACGGAUUUGCACCAGUAGACAAAUUAAACAAUUCAAUUCCUGAAAAGACCAAGGAAGCGCUUAAUAUUAAACUUAAGAAAGCCAAUUAGUUUAUUAAAAUACACACCACGCACACUUUACCAAACACACACACACACAUACACAACCACACACCACAUACACACACCAUUUUCACAACUAAAACGAAAUCGAAAUAAUCCACUUUAGAAUAUUGUUUUUGUAAUACGAGAAUCGUUUGUACAAAACGUGACUUUUACGUUGAUUGGCUUUUUGUUGUGCUGUUGUUUUUUUUUUUGUGCGCGAUUGAUGGUUGUUAUCGCUGUAUAAAAUGCUAAACGAAACGCAGGAAAUAUAGAAUUUCAGUGUGGAUGAAGAGAAAGAGAGCGAGACAAAGAGAGGACAAAAGAUUUAAUAAAAAAGAUGCAAUCAUCAUUUCAGCUGCAAUAAAAAUUAUGAGAAUUUAAAGUAAAAUUCAAUAACACUUAACAUUUUCGCCGUCAUUUCUUCACAAUUCUCUGAUAUUCUUCGCUGUGUUUUUUUAAUUAAACUUAAACUCUAGAAAAUAUAACAAUUCGUAACCAUUGGAAGAGAAAAAAAGGGACACCUCAACCGAUCACAUGUGUAUUGCAAAAGAAAAUCACAAAUGCCAAUAUAAAAUGGGCUAUGCUGCCAACGAUCAAUACAUUUCUGAAAUUUAUUACGAUUUAUUACAACAAAAAAACAAUCUCUCUCACAUACACAGCACAAUUAACAUUCAGUCUAGGAUAUUCAAACCUUACAAAAACUCAUAUAGUUUUAAGGGUUUUAAGCAAAAAUAUAUGCUUUUUACCUUGACAAAUCCAAAAGAAAUGAAUAAAAGAAAAAAAAAUAGAUCAACAGCAUUUGAAAUGAAACGUUUAUUGAUAAGUUAAAUUGUAUUAAGAAAGAAUAAAAAAAUUAAACAGAUGAAAAUUGGUUGCGACUGAUGCGAACGACCUUGACGAACAAACACUUUAUGAGAAAAAAGAAAAAAAAAUCGUUUUAUCCGCAUAUCUGCAAUUGAAUAUGUUAUUUUUGUUAGAUAGACAUUUAAAUUGUGUAUGUACUUUAAAAACAAAGAAUCAUGCAUAUAAAAUUAGUGUAAAAUGUAAACGGUCUGCAAAACAACCUACACAUUGUUGACAAUUAAAGUGAAUUAAAAAUUGAAAAUGAAUUUUAUUAUA